AUGGAUCGCUCAACAAAAGCUAUUGUGAGGCAUCGGAUUAAUAAUAUAAUAUUCGAAGCCGAAACUGGUUGUCGAGUCGAUAUGUUUUCAGAUUUUUCAAGACCGUCAAGUGCACACAGUCAUCCAGGAUACUAUAAGACGGCUGCUACCCCACCUACAAAUUAUUCAACACCGACGGCUGAUACCCUACCUACAAAUUAUUCAACACCCGUGUACUCUGAGUACUCUAACCAACUUAAUGCAAAUCCACAAACAGUUCCACCUCUAGAAACAUUGGAUGUAGAAGAUGCAGGUGCAAAUCCUUGA